UUACUUCCAAUUGACAGCUGUCACCGCGAGUGUUCUUACGAUUUACAUCAGCAUCUGAUUCUAUUUUCGCUCGAAAGCACAACAAAGACUUGAGAAAUGUCCGACAACGAUGAUGAUUUCAUGUGCGAAGAUGAUGAGGAUUAUGGAUUGGAAUACUCCGAGGACAGCAACUCCGAGCCGGACGUCGACUUGGAGAAUCAGUACUACAACAGCAAAGCCCUAAAGGAGGAUGAACCCGUGGCCGCUUUGCAAUCUUUCCAGAAGGUCCUUGAUCUGGAGAAUGGCGAGAAGGGCGAAUGGGGCUUCAAGGCCUUGAAGCAGAUGAUCAAAAUCAACUUCCGUUUGACAAACUACGAGGAAAUGAUGGUUCGCUACAAGCAGUUGCUGACCUAUAUCAAAAGUGCAGUUACUAGGAAUCAUUCGGAGAAAUCUAUUAAUUCGAUUUUGGAUUAUAUUUCGACCUCGAAGAAUAUGGAGCUCCUCCAAAACUUCUAUGAAACAACUUUGGAAGCGCUCAAAGAUGCCAAGAACGAUCGCCUUUGGUUCAAGACAAAUACAAAGCUCGGAAAAUUGUACUUCGACCGCAAUGAUUUCGGUAAAUUGCAGAAAAUCCUGAAGCAACUGCAUCAAUCAUGUCAGACCGAUGAUGGCGAAGAUGAUCUUAAAAAAGGAACGCAAUUGCUCGAAAUCUACGCGCUUGAAAUUCAAAUGUACACCGUCCAAAAGAACAACAAGAAGCUGAAGGCCCUUUACGAGCAGUCGUUGCACAUCAAAUCGGCCAUUCCGCAUCCUUUGAUUAUGGGCGUGAUUCGCGAGUGCGGCGGCAAAAUGCACUUGCGUGAGGGUGAAUUCGAGAAGGCUCACACGGACUUCUUUGAGGCGUUCAAAAAUUACGAUGAGUCCGGAUCGCCGAGGAGAACGACGUGCUUGAAGUAUUUGGUGCUGGCUAAUAUGCUAAUGAAAUCUGGUAUUAAUCCUUUCGAUUCUCAAGAAGCUAAACCAUACAAAAAUGAUCCUGAAAUCUUAGCAAUGACGAAUUUAGUGGUAUCUUAUCAAAAUAAUGAUAUUAAUGAAUUCGAAUCAAUUCUAAGGCACAAUAGAAACAAUAUUAUGGCGGAUCCUUUCAUUCGUGAACAUAUUGAAGAUUUACUGCGUAACAUCCGAACACAAGUUCUUAUCAAAUUAAUUCGACCCUACACGCGCAUCGCGAUCCCCUUCAUCUCGAACGAGCUGAACAUCGAGCCAGCCGAAGUGGAAAGUCUGUUGGUUUCCUGUAUUUUGGAUAGUACGAUACAAGGGCGAAUCGACCAAGUGAAUCAGGUACUUGAGCUGGAUAAGGAGGCGCGCUGUGCAGCCCGUUACAACGCAAUGGAUAAAUGGUCAAACCAAAUCUACACCCUCCAAUUGGCGGUUAUUAAUAAGAUGGCAUAGAUGCGUGCAGUUUUUUUAUUUGAUUCCUACUUUUAUCGCUUGCUGAUCACGUAAUUAUAGCAAAUUUGUCAUUAAUUGAAAUGAGAUUUUGUAAAUUGGCUAAUAACUUGGAUCCUCCCUUUAAGUCAGCGCCAGUAAUUAUAGAUUUGAGACCAGAAAUCAGAAUCAGAGUGAAGAUACAAUGAAAAGAUGACAUAAUUAGUAGAGGCGAGCAUGUGUAGGGACAAGAAGAUAUGUAUGAGUUAAAUUGAAGAUAAAUAAUAAUAAAUGACAAUGUAUUGUCUCGUCUGAACGAAA